AUGACCACCCUGCCCCCCAGCAACACGAUCACCCCGCCCCCCAGCAACACGACCACGCUGCCCCCUAGCAACACGAUCACCCCUCUCCCCAGCAACACAAAGACCCCGCCCCCUAGCAACACAACGACCCCGCCCCCCAGCAACACCAAGCCCCUACCCCCUAGCAACACAACCACCGCACCUCUCAGCAGCUCCAUUACAACCCCGGCCCCGAUCCAUUUCUUUCUCUCGUUCCGCAUUGUGAACUGGAACUUCAACGACUCCCUUCUCAGCUCCAGCACCAGUUACUACAAGGAAUUAUCUUCCAAAGUCCAGAGCCUGUACCUCAAUAUCUACGGCUGCCAAGGGUGCCCGAAUGGGCAGAACUACCUGGGAUUCACUGAUCUGCGUUUCAGCCAGGGCUCGGUGGUGACUGAGUCCGUCCUGCAGUACCGGAGCAACACCAGCAUCAGAACCACUGACAUUGAGCAGCAGCUGACACAAAGGCUGAACAGCCAGAACAGCUUUGGUGGACUCCAGCUGGACAAUAUCCGCGCCAACUCUGGCAGCUCUCCCCCAGCCACCACAGCACCAGCUCCCCUGGUGCCUGGCUGGGGCAUCGCCCUGCUGGUCCUGGUCUGCAUCCUGCUGGUGCUGAGCAUCGUCAUCUUCAUCCUGCUGAUCGUCUGCUCGUGCCGCAGGCGGAACCGUGGGAAGCUGGAUCUGUUCAGCUCACAGGCCUCGUACCAGCCCAUGAACGAGUACCCCACCUACCACACCCAUGGGCGCUUCAGCGCCCCCGGCAAGAAGCAGAAUCCUUACAGUGACAUCACCGCCGGCAACGGCACCAACGCCUUCUACGCCAACCCUGCGACGUCAGACAAUCUCUAGGGGCACCACCCCGAGGACCAGUGGGAGCAGAGCUCCCAGCAUCGCCAUGUACUUCCUGCAGCUGGACUCCAGGGUGCCGGGCGGGGCCGACAAGGCAGGGGUUUGCUGCACUGGGGAGGAGGGGGUUGCAUUCAAAGUGUGGCGGGGUGAGGGGGGGGUGACUGCUCCCCCUACCCUGCAACCCCUGGCCCUGGGAUUGGGCCAUGUGGGGCGAGCACUAAUGGGGCAAAUUCCUAAUGGGGGACAGUAAAGGGGCUGUCCCAUAUAUCCCCCCCACCAACCAGCCUGGGCAGUGCAGGGAAUAUGACAGGGACACCCCAAGGGAGCCCCCCCAUACUGCCCCGAGCUGUGUAUGGGGUGUGUCCCCUGCUCCUCCCACAGCCUCGGGGGCCCUCUCUGGCCCAGCUUCCACCUGUUCCCAGAAGGUGGGAGCGAGCAUCAGACAGUUCUGGAGCAGCCAAAUUCGAAUGCAUGAAGGAACUGGAUGAACAAUGCAAGGGAAGGACCCUCCCCCCAAUUCCAAGCCUCUCCUGCCUGCAAUCACUUGCCAAAUGCUGUAUCCUGCCAUGAGACCCCCAGUGUGCAGUGUUCAGGUUCCAGGGGUCGCGUUUGCCUGCACGGCUGGACUGGGGCUCCAUUUUUAUAAUGUGUUCUGUAACCACGCGGCUCUGUGAUGGCCGCCCCGCCAUGACCGGGGGUCACAAUGUCCUUGGGAAGGUCUGUAUUUAUAGUGCUUCACAAUAAAGGGAUCUCUGCUGA